AUGGUGAGGGAGCCAGCGGUCACUCUGCACCUGUCAAGGCUAAGCCCCUCAUGGUUAGACCCUAUCACCAGCUUCUUAGAAAACGGCAAACUCCCCGAUGACGAAAAAGAUGUUAAGAAACUGAGAAGGGAAGCAGCCAGGUGCUUGGGCCGACGAGCUCGCCUCGGUCCUUUGGUCCUACCGUACAAUCAAACAAUCAUCUACCGGAUAAACUCUCUUUCGCUAACAUAUGGGCUAGACGCAUUAAUACUCGUGGAGAUCGGGGAGCCGAGCCCACGACUACUCUUGAAGGGAGUGGAGGAAGCGGUGGAGAAGGACCUAAUAGACGAAGUCAGAGAGAUGGCCCACCUGAUGGAGACAGCGCUGAAGCAAAGAAUGGCCCUGCGCUAUAACACCAAAGUACUCAGAAGAGAGUUUGAACCAAACGACCUCGUCUUAAGGCGUAAUGACAUCGGCCUACUGACCCCGGGAGAGGGCAAACUGACGACAAACUGGGAAGGUCCCUACAGAGUUAAAGAGGUGAUCGGCAAAGCCGCUUUCAAGUUGGAAAGGCUCAAUGGUAAAGAGAUUCCAAGAACGUGGAACGCGAGCAACUUGAGAAGGUUCUACUCCUAG